AUAAACUGUCACCAUCAUCACUCACUCGGUGCUUCGUUUCGUUUAAUUAAAUACUUGAUAUUUGAUUAGCAAGAUAGUUAAGCUAAAUUUACAAAUAGUCUUUGAGUUAUUCAAAUCGCCUCUCACCAUUGUUGACGCGGAUCAAUCAGAUAUAACUUAAUGUUCAAUCACGAGAUUAUUUUGAUUAUUAUUAUUAUUACUACUAACAGACAAGCAAAAUACGCAAGGCCAUUGUUUCGCGAAUUUGUGUGAAAGUGUAGUUUAUAAACAUUACAAGCAGUUAAACUGCAUGAACAAAGUGUGUCAGUCAGAGACUAACAUAAUAACAAAUUAAGCUUAAAUCACCGUACCGAAAUCAAUCAAUGCAAUUCUAAACAACAGUUUCUAGUUUUGUCAACUGUUAAUUAGUAAUUUGUUAACUAUUGUGAUAACAUUCGCAAAAAACAACAACAUGAUGGACAAUUCACAAGUUCGUAAUACCCCGAAACCAUCCUCAUUCGAAUCUCAACUUCGUCAACUUAUUCUUAAAGAAGAAAUUAAUCAGCCACUCGUAUUCAGAGGAAUUCAUGAAAAUUGGGACCCUUGCACGUUAUCUUUGGAUGACUGGGCUAAACUUUUCAAGGAGGAACGACUCACUGUGAGAUAUGGGAAGAAAAGGUGGAAUGGUUUGCAACCCCAAUGGGAAUCGGAAUGUGGGAAAGUUGACUUGAAAUGGAAAGAAAUUAUUGACUGGAACAAUGGCGAGUAUGAAUUUUUACCAGAGGGUGGAAAAAAGGAGGACAUUUGGAUCUACUAUGACUAUCGCUAUCUGCCUGAUGUUUUCCAUUUCGGUUCAACCAAUAAUGACAAAGAUCGAGACUUUUUAAAGGUGAUAACAUUCAAUGAAAACCUAAAGAAAAAGUUUUGUUGGAGCAAACUUGGAUUUCCCGAGAGAAAUAGCGAUCAUUCUACUCUGUGGAUUGGAUCUGCAGGAUCGUAUACCCCUUGUCAUUUUGAUACAUAUUCAUGCAACUUAGUAUGUCAAGUAUUUGGAAGAAAGAAAUGGAUUUUGUUUCCCCCGAAAGACACUGACCACUUGCUUCCAACCCGAAUUCCAUACGAAGAGUCUAGUGUAUAUAGUCGCAUUAAUUUUGGUUCUCAAAAGCGUUUGGCCAGCCAUGCUGCAGACUUGGAGAAAUGUACUCCUUACCAAAUCACGUUGGAAGCUGGCGACUGUAUGUUUCUUCCUCAAAAGUGGUGGCACUAUGUCCAGUCCGAAGAUUUCAGUAUUAGCGUUAAUACAUGGAUAGAAUUGCCUGGUGAUCAUUCUGUCAGACUGGAAGAGGCCAUUUUGCGAUCCGUUACAAGUACCGUUGUCAGCAUGACAUUUCCGGAUGCUUCAAAACAGAUACUGAAUCCAAACGAGAUGGAUGUAGCCGACAUGAGUGAGAUGGACUUAAAUGAACUUCUUCAAGCAGCUACAUCAUCUUACGUUGAAAGUCAGAGAGCGAAAAUGCUUGCGCCAACGACCACUCUAGCCCCACAACGUCCACCAGCUAUAGAUAACACCAUCUCAGCAGCAGCUGGCAGUCAAGUUAUCUCAUCAACUGCUUCUUCUGAUUCAAGUUCCAUGCCACCUCCUCUCAAAAAAGCAAAGAAACGGAUCAAUCUUCCCGAUUUUCUGCAUUUUCAUAGAGCCAGCGUCAACGUUCUCUCACCAGUGGAUUAUCAGUCAUUAUUUCAGUGUCAAGAUCACGAGAAUGAUUCAAUAGCAGAUACCAAGCAGGAUGAAGAUGCUAAUCCUCCCAUCGUCACCCGAUCUCCUUCUUAUCUUGAACAUUUACUUAAUGCCAUCGGACAUCCUAUCGUGCUGAAAACCAUUUCUCAACAGUUUCUGAAAAACGUUACUCAAAAUCCUCCAAAAUAGUUCCGAUAGAUUAAAUUAGUUGACGCGUUUUCCAUUGUUAAUUAAAAAUUAUAAUGAUUAUCACAGGUUGGUUAGUUAAGUACUAGUAUUUACUCUAAAAAAUAAGCUGACGAUAAAAUAACAAACACGUAUUUGCGUAAAACUUCAAACAAAAGUUGUGCAUAUGUGAAUAAAUGAUAGAUUAUGUAUGUUAGGGAUAAAUCCUAAGUAUAAGGGAUAUGGACAAUCCGUGAAUGGAAAUCAUGACGCGAGCACGGCGCCUACCUAAAGCUAAUAAAUAGUUACCUAUCCUUUUCGCAUGCAUAAUAAAUGUCAGUUGUUGUAAGAAUAAUCCGUUUUCCUUAUUCUCGUUGUGAUUCUUGGUACAUAGAUGUUUUGUAAAAUGUGACACAAAAUUAAAUAAAAAUUUUGUUAAAUUAUUUUUCUGUAAAAAA